UAGAUAUCAAGAAAAGAUUAACAUAACGUUAAUCGGAACGUGUGAUCCAUAACGUUACACAGCACCCGCUGAUGUUUUCAUUGCUUUGAAGCUGGCAAAGUCUCUAUCAUACCAGACUUGGAGUUUGGAGAUAUUUACAUAUAUCUUAUAGAGAAUCCGUCACCUUACACCGCACAAAAAAUGAAAGCCUACAAAAGUACAGAUAGCUAUCUUUUUUUCAAGAGUGGAUGGGUUAACAACGCUGUCGUAUGGGAGGCAUAUCUUCAUAAAAGGUGCAUCAUCUGACAUUGGGCUUUCUCUAAUGAAGAAAUAAACCAGUAAGGGGAUGGAGGGAGACAUCAACAGGAGUCAUCUUAGGUUAAAGGCCGAAGGUGUAUCAGACCAUCAGGAUGAGAUCGCAGGAGCAGCCAUCACUAUGGAGAAGAAUACACACAAUGACAGUCUGUACUCGGCUGGACCUUUGGAACAUGAAAACAUAGAUUUGAAUCUGAGGUGACACCGAAGAUAGAAAAAGUGGUCCCAACUAGCGGAGAACAAUCAGUGGAUCAUAUGGAUCCGGGCAAAGAUGUGGAAUCAUCUGGCCGAUAUCUUGUAAAAACAGGCGAGGAAUAUGUAAAUGGAGAUCCAAACAUAAAGAAAUUGACAUUUGGUGAGAGAGAUCAUAGUAAACGGAUCAGAACCAUCCUGUUGGUUGGGGAGACAAGAACAGGCAAAACCACUCUCAUCAACAGCUUGAUCAAUUAUAUCCUGGGAAUGAAGAGGGAGGAACAUGUCUGGUUUGAGAUUUCUAAUGUCAAUGAGGAUGAUCAGACACCAGUUAAAACAACUUGCAUCAGUGUUUAUGAGGUCUUCUCUAAAACAUCUCCUAUUGCCUGGUCCAUCAUUGACACCCCUGGCUAUGGAGACACACGAGGGCCAGAGUAUGACAAAAAGAUUGCAGAGAAUCUUCACACUUUAUUCAGGUCCUAUGAUGGAAUCAAUUCCAUUGAUGCAGUUGGCCUAGUGGUGACUGCAUGUCAGAGCUGCCUCCAUGAGAGGCAGCUCUACAUAUUUGAUGCAGUUCAGUCCUUAUUUGGCAAAAAUGUUAAGACAAAUAUGGUAGUCUUCAUCACACAUGCAGAAGACAGGGUUCAUCAAAAUGUUCUCACAGCCAUUGAGAAAGCAAACAUUCCUAUUUCUAAACACAAGAACAAUGAGCCUGUCCAUUUUCUGUAUGACAACUUUCAGAGUAGUAACAGUGGUAGUAGUAACAGUAAAGAAUAUGGUGAUAUUGACAGUGCAAAGUGGGAAAUGGGGCAAAGAAGCACAGAUGACUUUUUGAGGUUUCUGGACACUUUGGAAACACAGGCAUCAAAAAUGACCGAAGAUGUCUUGAGAUAUCGCUGCAAACUGUCAAAAACAGUCAAAGAACUACAGGAUUGCAUUACAAGUUUGGACAGUGAACUGGAAAAUCUACAAAACAUCCAUGAACACAUGGAAAGGAUAAAAGCAGAAAAGGAGGGUUUUCAAUGUGCUUCUGAAGAAAAGGUCCCCAUGACAAAUGGCUGUUGUGGGGCAAAUAAUGUACUGUCUUGCACAAUCUGUAAGGAAAACUGUCACCUAAACUGCUAUGGCAUUAAUAACCCCCAAAAAUGUAAAGUAAUGAAGAACAAUAAGUGCACUGUAUGUCCACAGAGAUGUUCUUAUUUAGGUCAUGUCAUAGAAACCAAUAUGUAUCCACUAAAGACAAAGGAGGAGAAAGAAAACAAUGAGCAAAGGAAAAGGGAGUAUGACAGGCAAUAUCAGGAGGAAGAGGAGAGAGAAAAACAAAAGGAGGCUGAACUGACUAAAAAAAGGAGCGAACAUUUUAAAUUGCUGGACAAGGCAUACAAGUAUGUCAUGGAACUGGAGAAAAAUGCUUUGAUAAGAGACUCUGUCUUCACUCUGCAACAUCUGGACUUCUUGAUUGAGAGAAUGAAGAAGAUGGGAAAUACUGAAGGAGUGCAAAAACUGGAGGAGCUGAAGAAGAUAGAUGAACAGAAGGAGAGAGCUUUGGAUUAUUUUAGAGUACAAAAAUGAAAACCACAGAAUAUGAAGAACUGAAUAAAAUAGCCCCCGGUGUGGAUGGAUGAACUGACUUCAUAAUCAUUUUCAGCUCAUUAAACUGUAAGAUUUGCAAUUAUUUUUCGAAGUCCACAUUCUCAUGUUCCUGGGAGUUCAUGUCUUCGGUGGGAUAUGAAACUAAAACAGCACUAAUCAGUCAGAUAACAAGAAUGUUGAUGACCUUAAAUGGGUCUGGUAGUCACAGGCCUGGCUGGAAUGUCGGUGCCUUAUUUCCAUCUAGUUAUGACCGAUUGACUUUGUUUACUCAUUUCAUUACGGCAAAUUGUGGAAGAAUGAGAAAAUGCCUACCCAUGGAAAAUAAUGUGAUCACUGCAUUUUUUUUUCAUUUUUUUGUACAAUACCAUCACUGAACAUUCCUGGACUUAUUAUACUGUAUACUUUUUUAAAGCAUAUAGUAAAGCAUUUCUGAGUUUGUAUUCCUAGUCUGUGCAUUGUAUUUAGAUUUUAAAGCCAUUGUCAUUCAUGGGGUUUUGUAUAUUAACUUGAUAUGUUAUCUUUUUUCCUUCUUUGUUGUCUAUCUAUGUUUGGGUAUUUUGUUAAAUGCAGGUGUACAAAGCUGUUUUUUGGGGGGAGGGUCAUUCUAUGCUAAAUCAACAGAUUUGAGACUUGAAUUUGCUUCAUACUUUGGGACCUAUUAUCGUCACUAGUCAAAACCUUAUUUAAAUUUAGUAGGAUGUCCAGUCCACAUUGGGAGUGUUUUCAUCGGGGCAGAUGGAGCAACAAGGCAUUCCUAGGUUUCUUAAUCAGUCAUGGGUUUGUUUCUUUUUAUGCUUUUAUUAUUUUUAUUCUUAUAUGUUAAAUGAGUGUUGUAUGUUAAAAGAUUAACCAGAGUCAAAUUCAUUGUUUGUUUAC